AGGAACUUGUGAACUGAUUCAGCUUCUGUUGCCCGUCAUCAUCAGACGUUGUGAAUGGAUUUAAUAGAAUUCAUAUCUUGGCUAUGAGAGUGAAACAAAAUGCAGAAAUAUGAAAAGCUUGAGAAGAUUGGGGAAGGUACUUACGGGACAGUAUUCAAAGCCAAGAAUAAAGAGACCUUGGAAAUCGUCGCACUGAAAAGAAUUCGUCUGGACGAUGAUGACGAAGGAGUUCCAUCUUCUGCUCUGCGAGAAAUUUGCCUGUUGAAGGAGUUGAAACACAAAAAUAUUGUCCGACUCCAUGACGUUAUUCACAGCGAUCGGAAGUUGACCCUAGUUUUCGAGCAUUGUGACCAGGACUUGAAGAAAUAUUUCGAUAGCCUCAACGGUGGAAUAGAUCCAGAAGUUGUGCAGUCAUUCAUGUACCAGCUUUUGCGAGGGCUAGGUUACUGUCAUGCUCGCAACGUCUUGCAUCGGGAUCUUAAGCCCCAGAACCUUCUCAUCAACAACUCUGGGCAGCUGAAGCUUGCUGAUUUUGGUCUAGCCAGAGCAUUUGGAAUUCCUGUUCGGUGUUAUUCAGCCGAAGUUGUUACCCUGUGGUAUCGUCCCCCCGAUGUUCUAUUCGGAGCUAAACUCUACACAACGUCAAUUGACAUGUGGUCUGCCGGCUGCAUAUUUGCUGAGCUCGCAAAUGCCGGAAGACCUCUCUUUCCUGGAAGUGAUGUGGAUGAUCAGUUGAAGCGAAUUUUCAAGCUAUUGGGAACUGCGACUGAAGAAAUUUGGCCUGGUGUCACUCAGCUGCCUGAAUACAAACCUUUUCCGAUUUACCAUCCCACCAUGACAUGGGCACAAGUUGUACCCAAGUUGAACUCGAAGGGAAGAAAUUUACUUCAGUGUUUACUUGUGUGCAAUCCGAUCAACAGGAUGUCAGCGAAUGAAGCCAUGAGACACGCUUAUUUUGAUGAUUUGAGCCCGAACAUUAGAGCUGAAAGAAAGCGCUUGGUGUCGAAAGGGUUAUUGAGAGUGUCGGGCCAUGACACAGCUGAAUUCCUGCAGGGACUGGUCACGAAUGAUGUUGUGGCAUUGUAUUCCGGAAGUUCACAGCAUUGCUGCUACUGUCAUCUACUCAAUGUCAAAGGCCGCGUGGUUUACGACUUGAUGCUGUACAAGCACGGCGAUGACAUUCUUAUGGAAGCUAACGUCGACAGCCUCUCCCGGCUGGCGGCUCUCAUGAAAAUUUACAGGAUCAAGAAAAAAAUUGUCAUAGAGAAAUGCGAAGAUUUCGCCUUGUGGGCUGUGUUCGGAACUGGACAGGAAAAUUUUGAUCCAAAAAAUCUUAUGGCAUUCAAAGAUCCCCGUCUGCCGGAUCUCGGCUGGAGAAUAUUAUCUUCUAGUCAACAUGAUAACGAUUCACUUGGGGACUGUGAUCCCGAAAUCAAUAUCGUGUAUGAUGGGGAACACGGUUGCUACCGACACUUGCGAUACGAUCUUGGGAUUGCGGAAGGAAUGAAAGAACUCAUUCCUGAAACCUGCUUCCCUUUAGAAUGCAACCUUGAUAUUCUAAACGGUGUGAGUUUCUCCAAGGGAUGUUAUAUUGGUCAAGAGCUCACGGCGAGAACGAAACACACUGGUGUCGUUCGAAAGCGGCUUAUGCCAAUCACAUUUCAUGGCGCUUCCUUGCCCGAUUUGAACGGUGCCAAAAUUAUUGAUCCCGUCGGGAAGAAUGUUGGCAAAAUCCUCGCUGUUUCACAGACGCUUCCGAAAGGAAUCGGACUCAUUCGUUUUAUGACAGCUCUUCAGAAUCCGGAAAAAUUGCGGAUUGAUGGAAGUGAUGGAACAGUUGAAGUGCGACUUCCGUUUUGGUGGCCCGCUCAUUUAACGAGUUCCGAAGCUGCUACGAGGUGACGUAAUCUCCGGGAAUGUUAGUUAUUUUCGAAAUGCAGUCGAUGGUGCUUUCAUA